CCUCUGAACGGCACGGAGCUCUUUCUUUUCCCCUGCAUGACACACACAACUCGCCAGUACUGAGUCUACGAACAGAAAAUGGGACACUGAGAGACAGUUCUUGUUUAUUCUUCAUGGAGUCCUUCCGCUGCCAAGUAAUCUCCGAAAAGACUUCCGCUUCCGGUUACACAGUUGCCGUGGUAACAAGUCCACAAAACGAACUGGGCAGUUAUGGCGGGCCUGAGCGGCUCGCAGAUUCCGGAUGGUGAGUUCACCGCGGUCGUGUACCGGCUCAUCCGGGAUUCUCGCUACGCCGAGGCGGUGCAGCUGCUGGGCGGAGAGCUGCAGCGCAGCCCGAAGAGCCGCGCCGGCCUGUCGCUGCUGGGCUACUGCUACUACCGCCUGCAGGAGUUCGCGCUGGCCGCCGAGUGCUAUGAGCAGCUGAGCCAGCUGCACCCAGAGCUCGAGCAGUACCGCCUGUACCAGGCCCAGGCCCUGUACAAGGCCUGCCUUUUUCCGGACGCCACCCGGGUCGCCUUCCUCCUGCUGGACAACCCCGCCUACCACAACCGGGUCCUCCGCCUGCAGGCCGCCAUCAAGUACAGCGAGGGUGAUCUGCCAGGGGCCAGGAGCCUGGUGGAGCAGCUGCUCAGUGGGGAAGGUGGAGAGGAGGGAGGGGGAGAGAACGAUCCCGAUGGCCAGGUCAACCUGGGUUGUUUGCUCUACAAGGAAGGGCAGUAUGAAGCUGCAUGUUCCAAGUUCUUUGCGGCCCUGCAGGCCUUGGGCUACCAGCCUGACCUUUCUUACAACCUGGCUUUGGCCUAUUACAGCAGCCGGCACUAUGCGCCGGCAUUGAAGCACAUCGCUGACAUUAUUGAGCGUGGCAUCCGCCAGCAUCCCGAGCUGGGUGUGGGCAUGACCACUGAGGGCAUUGAUAUUCGCAGUGUUGGCAACACUUUAGUUCUCCACCAGACUGCUUUGGUAGAGGCCUUCAACCUCAAGGCAGCCAUAGAAUACCAGCUGAAAAACUAUGAAGCGGCUCAGGAAGCCCUCACUGACAUGCCUCCUAGGGCAGAGGAAGAGUUGGACCCUGUGACCCUGCACAACCAGGCACUGAUGAACAUGGAUGCCAAGCCUACGGAAGGGUUUGAAAAGCUCCAGUUUUUGCUCCAACAGAACCCCUUCCCCCCAGAGACUUUUGGCAACCUGUUGCUGCUCUACUGUAAAUAUGAGUAUUUUGACCUGGCCGCAGAUGUCCUGGCAGAAAAUGCCCAUUUGACUUACAAGUUCCUCACACCCUACCUCUAUGACUUUCUGGACGCCAUGAUCACUUGCCAGACAGCUCCUGAUGAAGCUUUCGUGAAGCUGGAUGGACUAGCGGGGAUGCUGACUGAACAGCUCCGGAGACUCACCAAACAGGUACAGGAAGCAAGACACAACAGAGAUGAGGAAGGCAUCAAAAAAGCAGUGAAUGAGUAUGAUGACACCCUGGAGAAGUACAUUCCGGUGUUGAUGGCUCAAGCAAAAAUCUACUGGAACCUUGAAAAUUAUUCAAUGGUGGAAAAGAUCUUCCGCAAAUCUGUGGAAUUCUGUAAUGACCACGACGUGUGGAAGCUGAAUGUUGCUCAUGUUCUGUUCAUGCAGGAAAACAAGUACAAAGAAGCCAUUGGAUUUUAUGAGCCCAUAGUGAAGAAGCAUUAUGAUAACAUCCUCAAUGUCAGUGCUGUUGUUUUAGCUAACCUCUGUGUUUCCUAUAUCAUGACAAGUCAAAAUGAAGAAGCUGAAGAGUUGAUGAGGAAGAUUGAGAAGGAGGAAGAGCAGCUCUCCUAUGAUGACCCAGACAAGAAAACCUAUCAUCUGUGUAUUGUGAAUUUGGUGAUAGGAACACUUUAUUGUGCCAAAGGAAAUUAUGAUUUUGGCAUUUCUCGAGUUAUCAAAAGCUUGGAACCUUAUAAUAAAAAACUGGGCACUGAUACCUGGUUUUAUGCAAAGAGAUGCUUCCUGUCCUUACUAGAAAACAUGUCAAAACACACAAUCAUGCUACGUGACAGUGUUAUUCAAGAAUGUAUCCAAUUUCUGGAACACUGUGAACUUUUUGGCAAAAACAUACCUGCUGUUAUAGAACAACCCCUGGAAGAAGAAAGAAUGCAUAUUGGAAAGAAUACAGUCACAUAUGAAUCGAGACAGUUAAGAGCUUUGAUUUAUGAGAUUAUAGGUUGGAAUACGUAGCAAUGGCUGAUAAUGGCUUUUAUUAUAAUGGCUCUGUUUUGUACAUCUUGCUCUAUAAUAUCUCUGCUUAGCUUUUGGCAUCUUUAUAUUUGUUACAUUUUGAAUUUUGUACUCCUUAGAAUCAUAACAGAAAUAUUAGAUAAAGCUUUGCGUUAAAUCUACCACACAGUGAAAUAAUGUAAGAACUUUACCCCAGGAAAAAUUCAAAAUUGAUGAAUGCUGUGUUUGUUAGAACUUGUAAUGGCUGCUUCCCCUCCUUUAUCAUGUAGGUUUUUAUUCAUCUUUAAGGGUCAUUGCACAAGGGUUACAUCAACUGGUAGUAGACUCCAUUAAGUCCAGAAAUCAGUAGUAAUUAAUGUAUAAGACUUUAGAUGUUUAAUAAUCAUUUCAGGGAUUGUGUGUUUAACAGCUUACCCUCAUUAAUAUAUUAAUUUGUAAUGUGUAUGUUUUAUGUAGAGUUUAGAAUAUUUUAGUGUUUUUCCAGUGCAACAUAAUGCUUUUCUAAUCAAGAUUCCUUGGGCUAUAAAUGAAUUUUUUAGUGUGCAAGAUUCAUUGGGAAAUCUUGUAUCCUUAAUAAAAUUAUGGUGCUAUGGUGUAGAGACAAAAAGCAAUUAUCAUGAAAACAUAUUUCAUUGUUUGCUUUUGCUCAAUUUGUUAAUAAUAUGAAUACAUGAAUAAGUACUAUUAUUGUUUUUCAUUAUUUUCAUUUAUUUUUAAUAGUGACUAACAGCACAGGUACUAAAAACUGAUAUCUUAAUUCCUACCUUUGUGUUUGUAAUUUAGGAUAUGCUAGAGUUGUUAUUGUGUUGUAAUCACAUGGCUACAUGGCCCAUAACCCACCAAACUCCUUCCCUACCCCUAUAAUUAAUGAAAAGGUCAUUAUAUCUUAGAUUCAUAAUGCUAGUUUCCAGUUCAUAAAUUCUGGUUGAGUUCCCUUUGUGAACCUCACUCAUUCUGGUCAGGUAUUUUGUUUUCUGAACCCUGCAAGAGCUUUAAUAUUUGUUUUUCUACUCCUUAUCCUUUCACUUCAUAAAUGUAACCCCACUUUGACCUCACUUAGGAAAAAUAAAAAAUACUGGCUUCAAUCAUUAAAUUUCUGAUUCUAGAAUUUUUUUACCUAAAAACUGGAAAUUUGGUUCUAACUUAAUAGCUUUCUUCUGGUAGAUAAGGAACCCCAGUCAUAAUGAACUGCUUUUGUUUUUCCAGCAUGAAGAAACCAUUUAGCUACACGGAUACCCAGAUGAAGUAUGUUCAGCAUAGUUCCUCUGUAGCAUGACUGCUGGUGGUUCAAUUCUAUUGGAUUAGAAAAUUUGACUUUGAAGUACAAUGGUUUUGAAUUUUUGCCAUGUUUAGUGUUAGUUAUCUGAGCUGCUAUCAUAGUGAUGCUUUAAUCCCAUGUAUGGAGAAUCAUCAAAGUUUAAUGACCUCUUCAGUGUAUCCCAGAGCCACAUUCUGUCUGGGAACAGUUCUUUAAUAACUUCUGAACUAAAAAAAAAUGUUGGUGCAGUAGCUCUGUGUCCCUUUCAAUCUCCAUAACCCCUUUACUUUGGAGAAGUAAAUAAAGUGAAAUCUUAUUUUCAACAUCCACGUUAAAAUUUUUUUCCUAUUUCCUCAAAACUUUUUUCAUAUGUGUGUGUGUGUGUAAAGUAAACUGCCCAAAAACAAAUGUUUUCCAGAUUCCCUUUUGUAAAUGGCUUGGCCUUUAUUUGGCUACAAUUUGUUUACCCAGGUGCUGUAUGGUUGUGGUUUGAAUGUAUGUGUGUAGGUGUAAUUUAGCUUUUAGAACAUAAGACGCUUUUCAGAACAGUUUUUAACCCUUUGCUGCUGGGCAGCUGGGAUUUCCUGCCAUUAGUAAUGCAUCAGGAAACCCUGACUGCUCCUACCAGAACAAAGGCCAAUCAUGGCAUUUACACCCUUCCUUACCUGGGCUCUCCAGAAAGGCACCGACUAGAUUCAGAUAACUGCUGGCUACAGCAAAGUCUCCUGAGACUUUGAGUCCAUAGACCUAAUGCUGAGGCCUGGAGGAGCCUGGCUUGGAGAGUUGAGGGCAUCUCUUAACUCCCCAGGCACUUACUGUCCUUUACUUUUAGGAUAUACACUUUUUUUUUUUUUUUUUUUUAAUUCACGUGCAAAGUACUCUGCUUUGCUUCUUGUUUUGAAAAGGCACGGGAUUUUACAAUGACCUCAUAUUUUGCCUCUUGAAUGAACACUUCUGUCCUGAAUUUCUGAUGGUAAGCUUUGUUCUCUGUUCUUGGAGCAGGGGUGGGGAACGUUUGAACUUCAGGCUGUAUUUGGUCUGGCUCUGCCAAGGCAACCACAGGCAGCAUUUGAACUUCAGUAAAUCCGUAGCAAGUUAAUUUUAAGUUGAUAAGUUUGCCUGGCCUGUGAAUGGUGUAUAAAUAUCCAGAUGGCCCUUGGCAGAGAAAACGUUCCCCAUCAGUGUCCUAGAGAGUAUUAAGUGCUCAGAACAAUUUGCUUGACUAAAAGUGAGAUUUCUGUUUCUAAAGCUUCUACUCAUUUGACAUUUCUUAAUAUCUGAAAAACUGUUUUAAAGGGGUCAAUUAUUAAAUCCAGUACUUUGUAAUCUUAGUCAACCCCUUGGUCUCGACAUAUGCACAUACAGAACAUCAGCAUGUGUUUGUACACAGACGCUGUAUCUGAUUUCUCAGACACAAGAUCUUGAUCUGUAUGUGCAGAACUCCCCAAGCUCAGAGACUCCUCUGAUCAGUGACAUGACACCAUCCUUCUUGGAAUGUCACCUCAGCUAUGGCAUGAUGUUGGCACUAAUACCAUCAGUGAAGUCAAGUGUGUAGUGGCUAAUUCUGACCCACUCGUGAGGAGCAGACAACUGAGAUGGACUGUGGGGAUGGAGAUGCAUACGUCAUCAGCAGAGAGAUGAUAGGAAGGGUGAUAUUAUAGGAGAGAUGAUACACAUUAGGCUUAGAGGGGCUCCUGAGACAGAAGCCAUAAAGAAUAGUGAUAGCUUUGGCUCAAGGUUAGAAUGAUUUGUUUAUACAGGGCUGUGGGGUUGAUUCCCAAACUUAUUAGGAAAUGCAAGAUAAAAAAGGGUGACUGCCUUGGAGAAGAAGCGUUAAGGGAGUAAUCUUCUCAGUGCUUUGCCCCAUAGUCCUUACCUGGGCUCAUUUCUCCAUUCAGGGUUAGCAGUGCUGUGAGCCUGACUCCAGGAAAGCAGUGCCUAGCUCAAGAACUUAACUUUGAAAGGAUAAUAUCCCAAAAAGAAACUUUUCGUUGCAGGUGAAGAUCAGCACUUUCCAAUAGUUUUUGGUUUUAGGUUCCUUCUUAACGACCAUGGAUGAUGGGGAAGUAUUGAGAGGUUGUGCUUUUCUGAGGGUAUUCUCUGCACUGUCCCCACCUCCACGAUCCAGGAGCUUCCUGCCAUUAGUAUGACUUGCAGCCCAUUACUCACCAUUCACUAGCUGAUUCCCAUCUAGCUGACCUGUAGGACUAAAGUGAUAUUUUGUAGUCAAACAGCUGAUUUUUCUAUUGAGCCAGUAACUGGGUCCUUGCUUGUUUGACUACAUAGCCCUGUGGUUGCAUCCACCACAGUUGACACUUCAUUCGAAAUAUAAGCUACAAAGAGACAUCAGAAAGUUCGUGGAAAAUGUGUAUAAUCAUUGAAUUUUUUCACUAACUUUAAAAGCCAACCUCACAAAUGUAACUUUUUGAAUUCCCUUCAAAUCCUUGAGCAGUAACUUUAAUUC